AGGUGUCCGAUGAUUUCGCCUGACUGAAACUCACCCUGCGGCUCCGUGACAGCUCGAGCGAGUCCUGUCAGUCAUUCAUUGCUUUAUUUUACGGUUUCUCUCGGUCAGAAUCCACCGAACCGGGUCCAGUAUGUUUGAGGAGGCCAGUGAGGUGUUGGAAAACAUGCUGAAGUGCUCGUUUCCCCUCAGUUUGCUGCUGUUUUUGGUGCUGAUGUGCCCGCUCCGCGCGGAAGCGGCUCACGAGUUCAGUGUGUACCGCAUGCAGCAGUACGACCUGCAGGGACAAAACUACGGUUCCCGAAAUGCCAUUUUAAACACCGAAGCUCGUACGGUGGAGGCCGAGGUGUUGAGUCGUCGAUGUGUCAUGAUGCGACUGGUCGAAUUCUCCUACGAGAAAUAUCAGAAAGCCCUCCGACAGUCGGCGGGUGCUGUCGUCAUCAUACUACCUCAGAACAUGUCCACUAUGCCUCAGGACAUAGUGCAGCAGUUCAUGGAGCUGGAACCGGAGCUGUUGGCCACGGAGACCAUCGUGCCCGUGUAUUUCGCUCUGGAGGAUGAGGAGCUGCUGUCCAUCUACCAUCAGACGCAGAUGUCCUCUUCAUCACAGGGGGAUUCAUCAGCUGCUGAAGUGCUGCUUCACACAGCGACAGCAAACGGAUUUCAGAUGGUGACUAGUGGCGCUCAGAGUAAAGCCGUGAGCGAUUGGGCCAUUACCAGUCUGGAGGGACGGCUGACCGGAGCCGGGGGAGAAGAAUUGCCUACUAUCGUCCUUGUGGCCCACUAUGACUCCUUUGGAGUUGCGCCGUGGUUGUCAUACGGCGCGGAUUCGAACGGUAGCGGUGUGGCCAUACUUUUGGAGCUCGCACGACUUUUCUCCAGAUUGUACUCCUAUAAGAGAACUCACGCAGGGUACAACCUGCUGUUUUUUUUGUCGGGAGGAGGCAAGUUUAACUAUCAGGGUACUAAACGCUGGCUAGAAGACAACUUGGACCACACAGAUUCCAGUUUACUUCAAGAUAACGUAGCGUUCGUUCUCUGUCUGGAUACUCUUGGGAACGACGAUAAUCUUUACCUCCAUGUGUCAAAGCCACCCAAAGAGGGCAGCCCGCAGCACACCCUGCUCAAAGAACUGGAGACGGUGGUUGACAACCAGCACUCCGACCUGAAGUUCUCAAUGGUCCACAAGAAGAUCAACCUGGCCGAUGAUACUCUGGCGUGGGAGCACGAGAGAUUCGGCAUCCGACGUCUGCCGGCCUUCACCCUGUCACACCUCGAGAGCCACCGCAGCCCCGCACGCCACUCCAUCAUGGACAUGCGGUCAGUGUCGCCCUCUCUGAUGGGGGCGGGAGAGGCCACCACCGGGCCUCACGUGGAUUUGAAGAAACUCAGUCGUAACACUAAAGUGAUCGCAGAAACUUUGGCACGCGUGAUAUACAACUUGACAGAGAAGGGUGCCAGUGGAGACCUGGAGAUCUUCACUGAACAGAUGCAAGUUCAAGAGGACCAGCUGACUUCACUGGUGGAUUGGCUGACGGCGCAGCCGCGAGCCGCCCAGCUGCUGGAUAAAGACAGCAGCGUUGUUAACACACUGGAGUAUUACAUGAGCCGCUACCUGAAAGACGUCAAGAGGCAUCUAGUCAAAGCCGAUAAAAGAGACCCAGAAUUUGUCUUUUAUGAUCAACUAAAGCAGACCAUGAAUGCGUACAGGGUAAAACCAGCGAUCUUUGACCUUCUGCUGGCCCUCUGUAUUGCAUCUUACCUUGGCGUGUUGUAUUUGGCUGUCCAGAAUUUUGGACUUCUCUACGGUCUCCUGCGCAGACUUACGGCUCCUCGAGCUAAGCAGCAUUAAACCUCAGACCUGCGUAACACGAGGAACCACCAGGAUUCCCGCAGCAGAGCCAAAAGUGUGUUCGGUUUUUCUAUGGACCUCAUUUCAUUUGAACUUUUUAAAUAUUUGACGUGACUGAAAACAAGUCUGUGAGCGCAGAUGUACAGAACAGCUUGUGACCGUUGAGAAACAGACUGUGUGCAAAUAACUCACAGACUCGCUAUCAUUCACGACAAAUUAAAUGCAACGUCUAACCAGACUAACAUUCA